UAUACACAUCUUGAUGGGAGGCUCUUGUUGCAUCUCCGGAGGUGUAAAGUAUUAUAUCCCAUUUAUUGAUGAUUUUUAUAGGGUGUUUAUGCACAACAGGAAAUCCAAAUCCUUUUCUUGUUUCACAAAGUUUAAAGCUUUGGUGGAAAAUCAGAGAAAGAAGAAGAUUAACGUAAACUGAUAUUCCACCACAUCAUUAACUUGGAGAAGUUGGAAUGAGAGAUCAUGCUACUUAAAUCUUGACCUUCAGGAAGAGUCUUCUCAUUUCACCGAUAAAGCUGACCGUGAGGUCAAUGCACCUGUAAGUUAUUAUCAAUAAGAACAAGUUAAUACCCAACCAAAUCAAAAAAAAAAAAAAAAACCAGAACAAGUUAAAUAAAAUGAUUGAAGACAAUGGUGAUGAUGAGGAACAUGAAGCUUUGGAAGAUGAAUUUUUGACGGUUUGAUGGUAGAGAGGGAUUGAGUUAGCAAGAUGGAAGAUUAUAUGUCUCCUACCUUUUUGUUAGCUGUCUGUAAAUGGUUAUUCGAGGCACUAUCUUUAUCGAUCAUCUGACUUUUUCCUUUCCUGUACAGUUCCUAAAAUGUCAUACUUUGCUUAGAAACAAAGUUUACGAGAUCUUCAUACGCAGAACUUCAUUUUCUUCAUCGAAUUUUAUUUGGGUUGAAUUGAAUUGAUGACUUCGAUAACUUUGAGGCGGCGACUCCAUCACAGAGAUGUUGAUGGGAGAAAUCAUGAGCAUUUGGGCACUUCUGGUUUCGAUAGCUUAACUGAACCUUUGUUAGCUCACUAUGAUGAUCAUAAUUCUGUCUCUCAGGUCCGUGGAGUAGAUGGUAUUCAGGAUGAUCAGAGGAGAAUGGAACGCUUGCAUUGGAUUUCUUUCUUCGCUCAGUUAAUUGUGCAAUUGGUACAAUGGUUAGCAAAUAUCGUUUUUGCAUCUGGACCAGUUAUUGCACUACUAUUGCCUCUUUCUUCUGCCACUCAAAAUGGACCAACUUGGAAGCUUUUUCCGUCUUCAAUUAGUCCACUACAGGAAGAAAGGCUUAGACAUCUACAACAAAGGCUUGAAGUCCCUUUUGAUGGAUCAUGUGUGGAACAUCAGGAUGAACUUAAACAAUUAUGGAGGUUAGCUUAUCCUGGUAGGGAUUUGCCUGCUUUGAAAUCAGAGCUUUGGAAAGAAAUGGGUUGGCAAGGCACAGACCCUUCAACAGAUUUUCGGGGUGGAGGAUUUAUAUCAUUGGAAAAUCUCAUUUUCUUUGCCAAGAAUUAUCCGGACUCAUUUCAGAGAUUGUUGCAUAAAAAAGAUGGAGCUAGAGCUGAGUGGGAGUACCCUUUUGCGGUAGCUGGCAUCAACAUUUCAUUUAUGUUGAUACAAAUGUUGGAUCUUCAAUCAGGGAAGCCAUCUUCUUUGGCUGGAAUCCGUUUCUUAAAACUUCUGAAGGAAGAUGAAAUGGCAUUUGACAACCUUUACUGUGUCGCCUUCCAAAUGAUGGAUGCUCAAUGGCUUGCCAAGCGGGCUUCGUAUAUGGAAUUUAACGAAAUUUUGAAGUCUACAAGAACACAGUUAGAACGGGAGCUGGCACUGGAUGAUGUGUCUUGUGUGAAAGAUUUACCAGCAUACACUCUGUUGAACAGGUGAGCAAAACAUGUAUAAUUUCAUGUAAAUAAGGUAUAUACUUGUCAUUAAAAUCACGAUGGAUGACAAAACUAGUGGAAUAUUAUAACUUUUAAGUUGAAAGACUAAACUCGAGUCUCUAUCAUACUUGUAAAACUUUGACUUAUCUGAUACAAUAAUUAUGAAUCCAGUUAUUAUGCUUUAAGUUUA